UCAUGUACCAAAUGGCCCAGUCGACUGGUGCAAGGUGAACGCUCCCUGCUUCGUUGGAUUGAUCCCCAAUCCUCACGCUUAUUUUGCUCAAACACACUCGGUGCCGCUGCUGGUGACUGUAAUCCGACUCAGUUGACUCAACCAUUUGGUCCGAUUCCAGAUACUGAGGGACAAAAGUCGUAUGAGCUGCGUGAUGCCACAAUGGGUGGUCGAGUGUUACAUAUCAUCGAUGUUGACUUGGAAAAUUCCUAUCCACAACGCUAUGAUUGGCCACGUCGUUCUUCAUCUUCCAGCGGAAGUGAUCAACCAGCCUGGUCUGUCAGUUCUGAGGCACGAGAACCGUUUUUAUCAGCGGAUGUGGUCAACGACCAUGGUUGUUGUUCUGGUGCUCGUGAACCUCAGGCCACAGUUGCUGUAUGGACCACAAGCGAUCAGUUCAAAACUUUCCUAAUUCAUCCACGCAUGUUUUUAGACCAUUCACCGAAUUAUUUUAUCCGAGCAGUGAACCGCGUCCACGCGACUGUCACCCAGGAUCCAGUGUUCGCAAAUCCAUACAUAAAACCGACAGAAGUAUUUCGAAGGAUGAAUCAUGUGCCGCCAGACGAUUGA